AUGCAGUUGAAAAACUUGCUGAACCUAACCGUCGUCGGUGGUGCUGUCCUCGCUGCCGCUCACCCUGGUCACCACGAAGAGCCCACUUCAGAGGUCCAAUCCUUCAAGAGAGAUGUCAACCAUGGCUUGAGGAAGUGUGCCACCCAAUUCGAACGAAGUGGUCUGCACACCCGCGCUGAAGCUCGCCGUAAGGCUAUGGUCGAAUUGCACCGUCGGCAGCUCACGGUCCGGGACACAGACGCCAUCUUGAACAAAUCCCACCAUGUGACUGGCAAUAUCGAGCCUUCGACAUCAGACGAGAUCCUGUUUGGAAAGAGCAACGUUUGUCUGAUUGCCCCGGAGGGCGAAACUGGUCCAUACUGGAUUCCAGGAGAGCAUAUCAGGAGUAAUAUCAGAGAGAGCGAGUCUGGAGUGCCAGUUGUCGUGGAACAGCAGUACGUCGACGUCGAAACCUGUGAGCCCAUCCAUGAUCUUUACGCUGAGAUCUGGGGAUGCAACGCUACCGGUGUCUACUCCGGUCUGGUGGCCGAUGGCAAUGGUAACGCUAAGGACCUCGCCAACCACAACCGCACUUUCUUGCGCGGUAUCCAGCCUACCAAUGAAGAUGGCGUUGUGACUUUCGAGACCAUCUUCCCUGGCCACUACGACAGCCGCACCACCCACUACCACAAUGUCGCCCAUAUCAAUGCCCAGCGUCUUCCGAACAACACCAUUGCUGGUGGAUCGAUUGCGCACAUUGGACAAAUCUUCUGGGACCAGGAUCUCAUCAGCAAGGUGGAAUCGACCUACCCUUACAACACCAACAACAUCCCCAUCACCCUCAACGCCGAUGACCGUGUUGUCAAUGUGGAAUCUGGAAAUAGCGAUGCGGACCCGAUGCUGAGCUACGCCUUCCUUGGAGAUAAGAUCGAGGAUGGAAUCUUUGCCUGGAUCACCGUUGGUGUCAACACUUCUGCUCUUCACUACCCUUACUACACCAAUGUGUACACCGGCUCUGGAGGAAUCGAAAUCGAGGGCACAGAUGAGGGUAGCCCCAGGGCCAUUGAUGGAGGUCUUCCCCAGACCAGCAGCUCUGCCUCUGCCUCUGCUUCUCCCUCGAGCAACUAG